AUGGUUGAGAGCCAGAAGACCCCAGGAGCUGAGCUGGGGGCCAGCGCUGAGCCUCGAGUCAUCCGCAUCCUGGUGAAAGCGCCUUGGCAGAAGGAAGAAUUCCUCGUCCACCAGGACAUGUUCGUCAGGGAAUUCAAGGAGCACGUGGGCAGGCAUUUCGCCUCCUGCCCUGACCGAGUGGUGCUGGUGCAUGCCGGAAGGAUCUUAAAAGACCACCAGUCCCUAGGCCAGCAUAGGAUCCACCUGGAUAACGAUGCCACCGUCCACGUGGUCAUCCGGUCCCACCGGGAUCGCCGCUCCUGGCAAGCUUCUGCAGUUCUGACCCAGCCCCCCUCGGCUCAGAAGCCCCCUCCGAGUAGCGCUUUGGCCCGCGACGGCCUCCGGGAGCUGACUGCCAGCCUCGGCCUCCACACGGCCAAUUUUGCUGAGUUCCAGACCCAGCUGAUGUCCAAUCCCGACCUGAUGCUCCAGCUCCUGGAAAACCCUUCCAUCCAGAGCAAGCUCUCGAGCCCGGACCUGAUGAAGGAGCUGGUCACCAGCAACCCUCAAGUGCAGCAGGUGAUGCAGGAAGCCCCGGAGAUCAGCCGUGUCCUCAGCUCUCCGGAGGGCAUGAAACUGGUGGUGGAGCUGGCAAAGAACCCCGCCGCUGUGCGGGAAAUCAUGAAACCUCCGCCCCGGGCCUUGGGUUUCCCUAGCGGCGAUUACAACAGUGCCCCGCAGGACCCUUCCGCUGAAAUGCAGAAAGGGCUUCCAAAGAAGCUGUUGCCAGGUUCCAUGGGCGGCCAGCCAGCCAGCCACCACAGUGAGAAGCCGAGUGCUAAAGAGCGACUGCUUUCUCCCAUUAUUCGGCCUCUGAGAAUGGGAGCCCAGAACGUAACUGCUGGCAGCAAAGAUCAGAGCCAGGGAGAAAGCAGCGUGAAGGAAGGAGCCGGGCAGCUCGUCUCUGCCGCCGUGAAGCACCUGCUCCAUCAAAUCAUAAGGCACCUUAUGGAGAGCAUCGCCAACAGGCCCAGCAGGAGCAGCCCUGGGCAGGCACUCAGCCAUGCCCCGGAGCUGGUGGCCAAGGUGCUCCGAAAGAACGCUGCAGCGCCCAGGAACGUCCGGAAGGAGGCCACGGGGGUCCCAGCGCUCCUGCAGCAGAUUCAAAACACAGAUGUUCUUUGGGCAAACUCGAGUCCGAAAGAGAUCCAGGGACUGCUCCAAAUUCAGCAGCGGCUCCAGGCACUUGCCACAGACGAACCGGCAAAGAGAGCGGAGAGAGCCGAGUGGCCUGCGCGGAGAGCGCAUUCCAACACAUCUCUCUGUGAUAUGCCCCCCCCUGCCUCGCGACUGGGGCAGCACAGCUUCUCCGCCCAGCGCAUCUUGCAGGCUCUGCUGGGGGCUGAUUUGUCUGCUGGGCCCAAAUCCCACAGCAGCCUGCGGGGCUCUUCUGCCCAACCCUCUUCCAAGCAAAAGUGGACGUACAAACUGUGA